AUGGCUGACGGGACAGGAUCAUUUUUCCCCAGGGCCGGCCUUGCGCAGGAUGGCUGGUCGACCGAAGAAGAAGCGACAGCGACAUGCUACUGCGGCGCUGUGCAGCUCUCCUUUCCGCUGUCUAAACCAGGUUUCGUCUUAGCCUUUGUCUGCCACUGCAGCGACUGCCGCAAAAUUACGGCUUCGAUGUUCACCACGGGCUUCAUCAUCCUCGACUCACACCUGAGGCAUGUUCGGGGGGAGGAGAAUCUCAAGCAAUUCGGCCAGUCAGAUACCAUUGAGCGAAAGGGCAAUCUCAUGACCAACUUCUUCUGUUCCACGUGCGGCUCAUUGAUGUACCGAAGAGCUGAGAGUUACCCGGGGGCGAGCAUACUUAGGGCCGGCACAGUGGAUGACUUCAAGCUUGCCGAGACCGCGUUGAGGCCGACAAUCGAGCAGUAUGGGAAGCACAGGGUAGAUUGGCUGAAGGGUAUAGAGGGUGCCAAACAAUCUGAGGGACUGGCUUCGGUUUGA